AUGUUGUCAUAUGUAGCGCACCACUGGGGAGACCAUGUAGUCAAGAGCGCGCCUUGUGAGACAGUGCGCAAUGGACUGAAAGCAUUCCUAUUGCAGCAGCUGCUGUUCUGGAUGGAGGUGCUCAGCCUGAAGCGCACGCUGGACAAAGGGAUGAGCAUGCUGUUGGGGCUCAAGCCAUGGCUGAUGGUCAAAGAUGCACCAUCAGAUCUAAUCAGGAUGCUGAACAACUUGUGGAUCUUCUUGUCAACGUAUGCUGCCAGGUUGGUAUUGGAGUUGACGCCACAUAUAUACAUCUUGGCAUUGCCAUUUUGCCACUGGACAAGCUCAGUAUACAACCAGUACUGGGGUUUUCAUAUAUUUCAUGCCCACAAUGGAACACUAGCUCUUGGACCCCUGGAAGGACACACAAGUCACGUGAACUCCGUAGCAUUCUCUCCAGAUGGACUUUUGCUUGUCUCUGGCUCUGAGGACGGUACAAUUGUUGUGCAAGACGUGCAGACAGGUAGUUACGUAUAUGACGUCAUCAAGGGCCAUAACAGAGGAGCAAGGUCAGCAUUGUUCUCACCCAACGGCAAGUACAUCCUCUCAGGGUCCUGGGACCGGACAACGCGGAUGUGGGACAGUGGCAACGGAAGUCCAAUACCCAACUCCAUCAAACGCCAUCCUGAUAAAGUCUACUGCACGGCAUUCUCUUCUGAUGGGAAACACAUUGCCUGUAGCUUGUAUAGCAAUGAGUCUCCCAUUGUUGUCUAUGAUGCAUCCACCAGCAAAUCAUUGCCUUUUCCAUUUGGUGCUAAUCAAUCCCGGGUGUAUUCAAUUGCCUUUUUGCUAAACAGCAAGCACCUUGUCACUGGCCAUGCAUCCGGCGAUCUGCGCGUCUGGAGUCUACAGGACGGCACAGCCACACACUCCCCACCUAAAGUACACAACAACUGGAUCACAUCCGUUGGGUUUUCGCCACUUGGAGACAAACUCGUUACUGCCUCUUAUGAUCGGUGCGUAUACAUAUGGGAUGUAGAGAAUGGCUACUCCAACCCUUGUCUACUUGGCACACACGACCAUUUUGUUUACUCCGCUGCGUUCUCACCCGACGGCACACGAGUCAUAUCAUGCUCACGGGACCGCACCGUCAAGAUUUGGAAUGUACUACACUCGACAUCAUCUCACACGUCACACUCAAACACACCAACCAAGACUGUCCACUCGGUUGCGAUCUCGCCUGAUGGCUCACGCGUCGCUGCAGCGGGUGAAGACAAAGCAAUCUACAUGUUCAACACAUACGAUGGCACUUCCGCCCUCGAGCCGCUUGUCGCACACACCGACGUGAUCUUCUCGGUAGCUUUCUCGUUCAACGGCAAGCACCUUGCCUCUGGUGGCGACAACAAUAGCAUACAUCUGUGGGAUGCCACAAGCGGCAAGCUGCUAUCCGGUCCACUUCGAGGACAUGAGAAAAGGAUAUGGUCAGUGUCGUUCUCACCCGAUAACAGGCACGUUGUUUCUGCCUCCGAGGACAAGACCAUACGCAUGUGGCAUGUGGACGAUGGCACUCUGACACCUACAGACCUUGUUGGAACACAUGAUAGCGGGGUCUACUCAGCGGUCUUCUCCCCCGACGGCAAGCGUAUCAUUUCUGGAUGUGGCAACAGCAAGAUACGGAUGUGGGACUCGCAGACGCUAUCACUCGUGUUCGAUCCGUUUGGGUCGCAGCAGCAUGAGAGGGGUAUAUUUUCGGUGACAUUCUCGCCUGAUGGCAGACUCAUUGCUUCUGGGUCCGCGGAUGGCACUAUCUGCAUUUUUAACUCGCACAGUGGCCAGUUGGUUCUCGGUCCUCUCCCGAAACAUUCGAAUUUUGUUAGGUCAGUUGUGUUUUCACCCGACGGUAAACACAUCAUAUGUGGCCUAGGUGAUCGAAGCGUUCACGUGUGGAGGGUGGAAGAUGGUCUUCUUGCAUGUAUGCCACUGGAAGGAGGUCAAGGUUGUUUUAACUCCGUGGCAUGUUCACCCGACGGUGCAUACAUCGUCUCAGGCUCAUAUGACUCGACGAUUCGAGUAUGGAAGGCACCAGGAAGGGGCGUUGUAUAUGACUUAUCAGAAUCUACCUCUCCUACUUCAGAUCAGAGGGAGCCCCAUCGUGCAAUUGCCGGUGGACUGAGGAUCGAUAGCGAAGGGUGGGCACGCAACCGCGAUUCUCAGCUAGUUUUCUGGGUUCCAUCUGAUCUGCGCGGGCUCUUCCCCUCCCCCAAGAACGUUUAUUGUAUCGGACCUGGAGGCACACUUCGAGUGGAGCAUAGUCAGCCAUUGUCGCUUGGUGACGAAUGGGGUCGAUGCUUUGUAGUCUGA